GUGGAAGGGGGUGGUCAGGAGAGAGAGAGGGUUCAGGAGGAGUAGGUUGGAAUCAGGAAAGAGUCAGCUUGGGGGUCUGGGUAACAGGAAAGAGGGGGAGAUCAGGAGAAAGAAGGAUCAGGAAAAAGAGAGAGAUCCAGGAGAGAGAAAUGGAACUGAGGAGCUGGAAGCGGGAGGUAGAGACAGGACAGGUCCGGUUGGAUUGUGGAGUUGAAGUAGUGAAGGAUACAAGAGUAUUACAGGAGGUGACACCAUCCAGUUGCAGCCCAAGCACAUUCACCAGGAGCUGGGAUUCAGUUGAGACCCAUUCAUUGAUGACAGUGAUGGGGGUCCGACUGAUCGAGGAGAAAACAAACAAAGCAGCAGAAUCUUCAGAUCCAGCGGCUCCUCCAAAACGGCCCAGGCACUGCCAAGGGAAAGAGAACCACGUGCACAACUUUCUGGUUUCCAAGAGAUUUCGGAAAAGUGCUCAUUCUUCACCAGGUGUGAGCUGUUCCUGGGAAGCAUUACCAGAUGAGCUGCUCUUGGUGAUUUUCCGCUUUCUGUCACUGCCUCACCUUCUGAAAGCCUCAAGUGUUAGUAAACAGUGGCACAGACUGGCGUUUGAUAAAUCCCUGUGGUACAGUGUGGAUUUGGGCAAAGGGAAUCUGCCCCCUGGGACUGUGGGCCAGGUGCUAGGAGCUGGUGUUGUAGUCUUCAGGAGUCCCUGCUCCUUCCUCGGAGACCCUAUCUUCAAGGAUGAAAGGCCUCUCUGUCUUCAGUACAUGGAUCUCUCACAUUCUGUACUCAGCAGUUCCUCUAUCUUCCAGAUUCUACGCCGUUGUCACCAACUCCGCGGCCUCAGUCUUGAGGCUCUCGCACUUUCUGAUGACAUCAUAAUGGCGAUCGCUGGCAAUAGGGACUUGUUGUGUUUGAAUCUCUCCGGCUGCUCGUGUUUCAGAGCCCAGGCCCUCAGCCAGAUGUUGAGAAGCUGUUCUAGGCUGGAUGAGUUAAACAUUUCUUGGUGCAGGUUCAGCUCCCAAAACAUCCAGGCAGUGGUCUCACAGAUUCCUGAUAGCGUGACCCAGCUCAACAUUAGCGGCUACAGGCGCAGUCUGCACAACUCUGAUGUGGAAGCUCUAUGUAGGCGCUGUCCCCAGAUGACUGACCUGGAUUUGAGUGAUAGCACGAUGCUCACUCCUGGCUGUUUCUCCAGUCUCCAUGGCCUCUAUCACCUCCAGCACCUGGGCUUGAGUAGAUGCCAUGAGAUUCCACCAGCAAGUCUUGUGGCCCUGGGGGAGAUCGCUACACUGAAAACUCUGAACAUUUAUGGACUUGUGCGCGAUUCCAUGGUCAAUGUGAAGGACCUAAUUCCUCAGAUUAAAAUCAACACCUUUCCACUGACAAGCAUCGGCCGGCCAACGCCCAGCUACGGGAAGCUGCAGACAAUCUGGGGAACUAACUGCAAGUUGCGGCUCCAUAACCUAUGAGCAGUAUCAGUCACUACACACUAUACAGCAAGAGGAAGCAAGUGGCUGAGAACUUGGAGAGGUUCUGGGCACAGUCACUCCCACAAACACAUCAUCGGUCAGUGUAGGCAAUAAUCAGUGCUUUCUGCGUUCAGAGGAGUAGAUCAUUGAUGAAAACUGAGAAACUACGAGACCACAAGACUGAAAUGAAGCAUUUUACCAAGGAAGUGAUCAGGUGGUUCACAAUUAGAUUCCAUUACAGGAAGUGGUUAAUUGUUUGAAUCUGUGUUUUUAAAGUGAGUUAGUGUUUGGAAUGUUCAGUUGGUUAAAAAGAUUCCAGUCAGUUUUAAACAUCACAUCAAAACUUUCCAUAUUGCACUCAGGACUGAUACACAAAAAACAAACUAUGAAAGGGAACACAGUGAGAAGUGGGUGCUGAUUGGUGUGGAAAUGCAGCAGGAACUGUUAAUGAAUCCGAAAGACCAUCCGAAUGUGGCAGAGGUACCAGCUGCAAUGUCAAAUCUCGGGAAACUGGUUUAAAUUAUUAGGAGCUAACGGUCCAGCCAAUUGGCUGAAAUCAAACUCUGCAACCUGUACUCUCAGGCAGACAGCUAGGGACUGAGCAAACGCUGGCAGCAGCCUCUUUACUCCCAGUUUUUAAUGUCUCUAUGCCAUUGCCAGGGCAUUCUUUUCAGUUCUUCUCCUUGCAGCACCAGCUCCCCCAACCAGAACCCUCCCAUCUCUGCCUCUCCAGGGCCCACUGCUUCCAGGAUUUUGGUUUUAUUGGGGUUCCACCAUUCGCAGUGUUUUGCUUCUGUAUAAAAGGGGGAGGAUCAGUGCUUUAGAAUCACAUCGAGUCCCCCACUGCCACCAACCCAAAGCCAAUGAUCCCUCUCAUUUCUUAUCCCAUCUGUAUCCCAAAUCUAGGCAGCAUCAGGAAUAGUGAUUAGUAUUGUUUGUUUUAUGAAAACUAAUAAAAGCUUUGGUCAUAACCCAGUGUCUAAAUUAAUAUGAAGUUCAGUUUCAUCAACAGUCUAGAAUAUAUGAAGACAUUCUUGGCAGGGCCUGGGGGAGAAUCGAUCCAUUUCAACCUGAAAGAUAUUCUGUGACUCUACCACCUUCUAAGGCAAUAGACAAUCAACCUUCACAGAAAAAAAUCUCAACAGUCCCUACUCCAAGGGGAAACAUCCUUCCAAUAUUCACCCUGUCAAGGCCCCUCAGGAUCUUAAGUUUCAAUACAUGUCCCAAAAUUCACUUAUCCUUGAUCUCUAACUUUCAAUUCAAUAUGAUUUUCUGUGGUAAUUAUUUCAGUGGAGAGUGCAGGAGGUCAUGCCAAGAGCAGCAGCAGGUAUACCUAAUAAUGAGGUGUCAGCCUGGUGAGGCUGCAACACCAUCACUCCCAUGUCAAUCAGCACAAGCACCAAUCAUAGAAUCACAGAGUACUGAAGAUCUUCAUCCCAUUGAGUGUUCAUCAAAAUAUGGUGUGACCAACACCAGCCUGAAAUGUUAUGACAUUUCUGUGGGGAAGCAAUGGAGUUGUGACAUUAUCACUAGAUUAUUAAAAUCUAGAAACUCAACUAAUGUUCUGGACACCUGGGUUCAAAUCUUUCUGUGACAGAUGGUGGAAUUGGAAUUCAAUAAAAAGAAUGUGGGAUUAAGAGUCUAACGAUGAUUUAAGAUUUCAAGUGUUUGCCCAACUUUGUAAAGAUAGUGAGUUUUCUGCUUCACCGACCCUCCCAGACACUGCAUUCCAGAUUCUCACCACCCUCUUGGUAAAUAUUUUGCUUCAGAUCCUCUCUAAAUCUGCCUUUCCCUUUAAAAGUGUGCCCCCUUUUUAUUGGCCCUUUUUGUUAUGAAGAUGUGGGUGUACUGUACCUUUGAGAGAAUUAAAAGCUGGCAGAGCUACCUGACAGUACCAAGAUAUAAUGUAAUUGAUGCUCCAGCUACUGGAGUAGCUUAAAAGCCAAUGGCAAUCUGAUACUUUGGGGGGUAUAAGACUGGGAAAAUUAAACAGUUGAGAGCAGAACUGCCCAGCUACCAGCAUGUAAAAAAACUGCCUGAACAAUAGCUCUCUUAAAAGUACUUUUAUCGAUCAGGAAACUGUGAAGCAAAAUCCCUUAAACCGAGGAAAAGAAGACACAGAAAAAUCCAAAUUGAAGAACCGAAAGCUGCCUGGUUUUGAGGUAAUAAGUUCUGUUUUGUAAAUUUUAGUUGGGAGUUUUAUCAGAUUAGUAUUGUAGAAAGGGAAGGUAAACGAUACAUUAGAGGACAGAGUUGUAAAUAGUUGUUAGGUAAUUAUUCUCUGGUAUAUUUU